GCCGACUCUCAUGGCCUUGUGUUUGUGUAAUGACUUAGGUGUCCAUGUAUCGUUUUCAAGCACUCAGUUUUUCGCCUGAUAUGCAUACUUACUGUCUUCGACUAAGCCGUUGUGUGUUGAGAACCUCGUUGUAAAAACAAAAUGUUUCCUCAUUGCCGUCUCACCGCCUCGAGCAGUUUGGUGCAGUCGCGGUCACUCUUUCUCGCGUUUGCCCUGGUUUCUUGUGCAUUUCUCGGUCCAACGUUGUCAACGAGCGCGCCAAAGAAGGAGACGGCGAAAGAACGCGAGACAUCGACGCAGAAAAAGAGCAGUCAAUCUGCUCCCGACGAGGAUGAAGACGACGAGGACGGUGAUGCGGCCUCGGUGACCGGCGACAUUCAUCCCGAUAGCCGUUUAGCGAAGGGUAAAAGACAGCGUUCUACUCGAGACUGGCGAGGCAGAAAGAUCGUGAAAGGCAGCUACGUGACGCUUCCGGAGAUCGGCCCCCAUCAGCAUCCGCGUGACCCUUUCGGUCUUCGCCAACUCUUUGGCUUACCGCUAGACUUCGACCUCGGCAGAGGCGGAGGAAAUACUUCUAACAAGGUAAGCAAAACCAAAAUGGAAGUUGCGACGUCAACUAGAUGGACACCUUUCGAUAUAGCGCUUAGCCGACGCAUGAAACUGGUAGCAUCACACAGUUCCGACCAUGAUGAGGUGGUGGAGCAAAAGAAAGAGGAUGAAGAUCUUCUGGAUGAGCGGUAUGAUAUUAGUACUGAUACCAGAACAGAUGCAAGAACAAGAAGAUUCUCGAAGCUGGCCGCGAUUAUUGACGAGGAGGACGAGGGCGCCUUCUCUUCCUUCGUGUUAGAUCUCUACCGGGAGGCCUGCCUUGAGCGCGUGUGGAAGGGCCACCUAGACGCCAACGAGGACGGGCGGAUUGCGUUGCACGAAGUUAGAGCUGAAUUCGCAAGAAUAAAUGAAAACAAUAACGCGGCAUCAACAGCUGCUUCAAGUCCUUCACCAACGACUUCUAGAGUCAAAUCUAAAUCAUCUGCUUCUGCUCAAAAAUCUUCUUCGUACUCGUCGACAUCUUCAACCUCGUCCACAUCUUCUGCAUUAUGGUAUUUCUGCGUUCGUCGCGUCCAUGAUGCAUUUUCGAAACUAAAUUUGGAAGAACGUGCUGUCCUAGAUCCAGAAAAAGAGUUUUCUAUCCUGGCAAAAAGUCUUCGGGACGAGCUAGACUAUUUAGACGCUCGACGUCGAACCUUCGACUUCCUACUUACCCUAUCGGAUCUGGAAGCUCAUUUCGCGCCUCUCGAGAUUUCUUCAGAUCAUUCACAUGGAGAGCUAUAAAAAAAUAUAGUCUACAUUUCCCUACAGCUCCCGCUCGCGCUCAAUAAUUCAAGAUCACGAGGACAUGUUGAUGCUGUAGAGGAAGUUCGUCUUGCUCGUCUUGUCGAAGAUACGACGUAGUUACUUCUCAUGUACUUAAUUGAUGCAGCAUGUUGAAAGAAGACGCCCUUCUUGUUGAUGUUGAAAGCAACGCAGAAUAAAGACCUGGUGCUUCUGUUCUUCUUCUUCGUGCGUGCCGUGAUCAUCAGGAACACGAGGCAUUGAGAUUCGUGCCCAAACCGAGAGCCGAGAGAAUUGGUUAAUUGCGCUUCUACAACUUUCUCUUGACAGCAGAGGUUUUACUUGAAAUUGUCAUAAAAAUAUCGCACAAAACCAUAACGACGAUGAUGAUGUUAGAGAGUUUUGGUGCUGUUCCUCCGUCGGUG